AUGACUAAGUGUGGGCUUCAUGAUUUACAAUAUUUCAAACUUCCAACAUCACUUAAGCACUUGACACCGAAUCAGAAUCAAAUUCAAGACAUCUUAUUAUAUGUUGAUUUGCACCACCUUGUCAAGUUGUACAGGAUAGUGAUGAAAGAAAAUGCCAUCUCAAGCUUAAAUGACUGGAUCCUUUCGCUUAAUCUCACCUAUCUAGAUCUAUCGAAUAAUCCAAUCACCGAGUUGAUUCCCCCUCUGGAUGAGAUCCCCGAGGAAGCUAAUUUAUUUAUUGAUGUUAGAGAUACUGCUAAGGCUCACAUAGUGGCUUUUGAAAAGGAGGAAGCUAUUGGUCAAAGAUUGUUGUUGAUUAGUGAACCAUAUACGUAUGAUGGUAUUGCUCAUAUUAUCAAUGAAAACUUUCCGGAAUCUAGAGUUCCUAAAGGUGAUUUAUCCAAGGAUAAAGAGUUAAAGAAGAAUGUCCACAAAUAUAAUAGUUCGAAAACAAACAAGAUUCUUGGAUUUGAUUUUAUUUCUCUUGAGCAAUCCAUUAUUGAUUCCGUUAAGGAAAUUUAUGAAUCAAAGUAG